AUGAAGAUGGAUACUAGAAAUAACCUCCAUCAACAAGUGAAAGAAAAAGUUCUUUUCGUGUUGGGGUCCACAGCAACCGGAAAAUCCAAAUUAGCCAUAUAUCUUGCAACUAAAUUCCAAGGAGAGGUAAUCAACUCCGAUAAAAUUCAAGUCCAUAAGGGUUUGGAUAUUGUAACAAAUAAAGUCACCGAUGAGGAGAUGUGUGGUGUUCCACACCACCUAUUAGGAAUCAUAGAUCCUGAAGUGGAUUUCACCAUAACAGAUUUUUGUGAAAAAACUUUACAUGCUAUGAAUUCCAUCUUAGAUCGGGGAAAUCUCCCAAUCAUAGCUGGUGGUUCCAACAGAUACAUAGAGGCGCUGGUAGACAAUGAAACUCUAAGUUUCAGAAACAAGUAUGAUUGUUGUUUUCUUUGGCUUCAUGUCUCCCUCCCUGUCCUAAAGAAAUAUAUUUACGAGCGUGUAGAUCAGAUGGUCCAAUCUGGUUUAAUCGAUGAAGUCCGUGAUUUUUUCACACUGGAUGGAGACUACUCCAAGGGCAUUCGACGAUCUAUCGGAGUCCAGGAACUUGAUGCAUAUUACAGAGCAGAAGCCGCCGGUUGUGAAGACAAAGAGAAACUUGAGAAACUGUUCGAAGAAGGAAUUGAUACGAUGAAGUCUAAUACAUAUGACUUGGCUUAUCGUCAAUUUGAGAAGAUCAAUCAGUUGAAGCUUGAGAAGGGAUGGAAUAUUCACCUCUUAGAUUCCACUGAGGUAUUCCUUAAGCGUGGUUUCCAACGUGAGCAAGAAUGGCGGUGGGGAGUGGCUGAGCCGAGUAUGAAUAUCGUGAGCAACUUUCUCUAUGGAGAUAAAUAUUAAU